AGUUGUUGUUAUGUAGUUAACAUGAAUAAUAACAUAUUUAUUAAUUUUUGAAGAUUUUUUGAUAACAAUGUUUUUUGAUGCCGAUGAAGAUGACGAUGGUGGUGGUUUUUCCUCAGGUCUUGGAAGCUUUAAAUCAGGAGGCUCAAGUCUAUCAUCUUUAUUUGGUGCUGAAAAAAGUUCAAUUGGAAAUGAAAGUUUAAAGUAUAGUGCUCCAAAACAACCCAAACCUAAAGCAGCAGAUGAUGUUUUAAGUGAUCCAAAUGAGCAGAAACCUGAUUCUCCAUCAUUGUUGUUUGCAUGUGCUGUUCAUGCCUUUAAACUUUCAAAUGGAGAAUAUGUAAAACAAGGGAAGGUUGGUGCUGCAAUACUCGGAAGUUUAUCAUCAAAAGAUUAUAAGAUUUUACUCUACAUCACCCAGAAGAAACCUGUAACAAGUGCAACCAUUAAUGCAACAUUUACUUUUAAUUUGCAGAAGGGAAAUUAUGCUACGUUUUAUGAUGACCAAUCACAAAACUGGUCAAUAUGUUUUGAAGCAGAUUCUCAGUUGUUAGACUUUGCAAAAUGGAUUGGAUUAGCUCGCUAUAAUGUGUCAGAAAAUAAACUAAUCACUCAAGAUUUAAAUUUUUUGGAGGAUCAAGAGAUACGAAAAGGUGACACAGUUGAAAUUGUUUAUACUGGUUGGUUGCAUGCAGGAAAUAGUUUUGGAAAGAUAUUUGAUAGCAAUAAAGACUCUGGGAAGUAUUUUGUAUUUAAAGUUGGUAAAGGAAAAGUUAUAAAGGGUUGGGAACAAGGUGUGAUUGGGAUGAAGAAACUUUCAAAAAGAUUGUUAGUUGUUCCCCCAGAUCUUGGUUACGGUCUUCAGGGGGUUGGUGAACAAGUUCCAAAAAAUGCAACAUUAAUAUUUCAAGUAGAAGUUACUAGAGUUAAAUUUGCAACUACUUCAAUAGAAGUAACUGCAGUAUCAGAUUUGUCGGUGAAUAAUGAAAAUAAAUCUGAACCUGUAAUUAUACUAAAUAGUAAUUUGCUUGGAAGUUAUGAAGAAGGAUCUUCUGAGGCGGAUAGUUUUAGAGAUAGAGCUAAGUCAAUUAAUGAUCACAUAAAUAAACUAAAAGACGAGAGUACAGGAUCAACGAAGUCAAAACUUUUAGAGCGAAUGUCUAAGAUGGGGCAUUCUAUGAUGCCUUCAGUAAUUCAAAAAAAUGAUACAAAGGAGCAUGAGGUUAACACAGAGGUUGCUAUAGAGACUCAUCCUACUUCUCCUGUAACAAUUCAACCUCCUGUAAAAUCUGAAUUUCCAAAACCUGCAUUGAGAGCAAAGCCAGAGCAAGGUAAUCAAGCAGAUCAUACAAAGCAAUCAUGUGACUCUUUUGAAAAGCCACCAGUUUAUCUACCACAAAAUGUAGACUACAAUCUAAUGCCUAAUAACUCAACUAUUCAACCACAAUAUCUGACUUCAAACUAUCAGCCAGCAUCACAAAAUAUUCACCAAGUUUAUCAUCCACACCAGUUAUCUGUGUACCAGUCUCCUCAAGUUACUCAGUCUGGAAUGUUUGGACCACCUCAAUAUCCAACUGUACAACCAAUAACCCCUUCAUUAUCUUCUACUGAAAUGAACUUGGUGAUGACUGAUGGAAGGUUGAAACAUUCUGAAAUCAAAAAUGAUUUAACUCGUAUAAUGGAUAAGCUAGAUUUAAUCUCUCAGAAAGUUAUCAGCUUAGAUAAUAGCGGUAAACAUGCACAAGCGUACCAAUCUCAAGCUCCAGAAAUGGAAGCUAAUGUUUUAUUGCAUAAUAUUACACGCAUUGUCAAGGAAAAUGAGAAGUUACGUUCAGAUGUUGAAGAGAAAAAUAGAAAGAUUGAGUCCCUAAAUGAAAGAAUGAGUGAUCUUUUGACUAAAAACCAACAAUUUCUUGAGCGUAGUAAUACUUUAAUAGCCAACCAAUCAGAUUCUUUAUACAGCACAAGUGCACAGGCAAGUGCAAAAGUUGUAGCUUUAGAAGAGCUGAAUGCAAAACUGGAAGCAGAGCUCAGUGCAACAAAAAAACAGUUUUUUCAAGUAAAGUCUAAACAAGAUUUUAGUGAGCAACAAGAAGCUGAGCUAAAUGCAGAAUUGCAGUCCUUAAAACGACAGUUAAAAAUCUUUAAAGAAACACAGGAUAAAACAGCUAGUUCUACUGGAGAGCAAGAAACUAUAAUCGAUGAACUAAAUAAAAAACUUGUUGCUGAAAAAAAAGAGUCAAAACAACUCCAAAACAAACUGGUUCAGUUAGAGGAGGAGCAUACAGAAAUGUUACAAGAGAAAAAUGAGUUAGGAAAAAAUGUAGUUGAUUUAAAGAAAAAAAUGAAAGAUGCACAAAGAAAGUGGGAAGAGGAAACGGAAAUAUUAAAAUCUAGUCACGAGGAAGAACUUCAAUCUUUAAAGCAAAACUUUCGAAAAAGUUCAGGUGUUGAUAAGCUGGUUGCACUUGAAAAUGAAUUGAAGUUAAAAUAUGAAAAUGAAGUUGCUGAAAAAUUAACAAAACUAAAUGAAAAACACAAUAGUGAUAUAAUGAACCUCCAAAAAGAGAAAGAAGAUGCAUUAAAGCAACUGAAAGAACAGCUAGCAACAGAAAGAUUUGAGUUCCAACAUUCAAAGGAUUCUUUGAUAUCAAUGCAUAAACUGCAAGUUGACAAUUUAGAAAUUAAAAAUGCAGAGCUUCUCAAUCAGUUGCAAGAAACAAAAGCCUCUAUGAAAACUUUAAGUGAAGAUUUACUCAAAGAAACAAAUGAAAAAAAUCGAAGUAUAGAAAAGUUGCAGUCUGAACUCGUAGAAUCUUAUGAAAAAGGUGUUGCAGCUGGUCGUAGUACAGUUAAAGUUAUUUCGGCUUCUUCUUAUGACAGAGGAUUUUCUGAAGGAAAAGCAAGCGUGGAAAAUUUAAGUAAUAGUAAAGAAGCUUUACUUGAAAAGAUAAAGAAGAUUAUGAGUGGAGUAUUCUUUCAAAUUAAAUCAAAUUUCGUUAAUGAUCAAAAAUACAGUGGUGAACAUGUGAUAGGAGUUGUAUUAGAAAAUAUAAAGAAAGUGACUUUACAAAUGAACGAAGAAAAUCCAAGCAGCAACGAAGAUGACAGUUCUGAAGAAGAGGAAGAAGAGGAAGAAAGAGAAAUUCCAAGUGAAGAUAAUAACCAAAAUAAUAGUGAUCUUUCAACUAAAACGUUAUCUAAACCUGAAGAAAUUAACGCACCUUUAGAUGCAGAUAUCAACAAUGUAACAAAAGACUCGUCAAAAAAUUCAUCAACUUCUUAUAUAGAUAAAGUUGAAACUUCUCAAACUUCUCAAACUCCUCAACUUUCUCAAACUUCUCAAACUUCUCAACUCCUCAAACUUCCUUCACGUAAAGAAGAGAUUGAAAAUGAGAAAUAUCAAAUCACACAUAAUAAGCUUACACAAUCACUCACAAAUACUUUGGAAAAACAAAGUUUGGAGGUGACUAAAAAUGUGGAAGUUCAAAAACCUUCGGGUCAAUCGGAGUCUCUUUUUGGUGAUUCUAAUGACGACACUAUGUUUGUUAACAAGAAUAUUAAAGCAGCACAUAGUCGCAGCCCUCCGCCAUUAUUUGGUGAUGAUGAUGACGAUACUAACUGGAUAUAGAGCAAAUAAUAUUUUGCUGUUAAAAUUUGUUUUCAACUUUUAUGUUUUUUAUAUAUAUAUAUAUUUAGAUUUUCUAUAUAUUUUUUAGUCGAAAAUCAAAAUCAUAAAUUCGGCUUUGAUUAAUGAUAAUUAUAUAAUAUUUUUCUUUUAUUAAUUUUUUAAUUUUUUUUACCUCGCAAUUUAUAAUUAUUUUUUUAACUUAUUUGUGCUUUGCCGUCAUGGCGAUAUAAGUUGAUGAGUUACCUGUUUUAUCGUCUUAACGUGAUAAGUUGAUAAGUUACUUGUUUUAUCUGUUGUGAAUUUUAAUAAUACUGAUUUAUGAUAAGUUUUGUGUUAUAUUUUAUGUUAAUUAUACUGUUAAUUAUACCGAUACAUUUUGGUAUUGGUUUAUUUAUACCGACAAACGUUAAUUAUACCGACAAACGUUGGUAUUGGUUUAAUUAUACCGACAAACGUUGGUAUUGGUUCAAUUACCAGUGAGAUAUAGAUAAUACACAUUUUAAUAGUCUAUGUGAAUCUAGAGAUGUAAUAAGUUUUCUUUGUAUUUCUUAGAUACACCUAAAAUGCA